CUAAAUGACCGCCCCACUCUUUUCUGCGCGAUGUCCGAAAAAUUUAUUUUGGUUCAUCACCAAAGCGAUUGUUGUCGAGAGAAGAGAGAAUUCAAAUUGGCAGAUAGUGAGGUUAAAUUAUGACCACAUUUCGCUUGACACUCUUUCGGUGGCCAAAUUGAUCUCGCUUUUCAGUGAAGGCUGACCACAGGCAGCAAAAAACGAAAACUCGUCGAGCAGCAAAAGCAGCAUGGAGGAAGAAAUGGAAAUUUGCUCCAACUGCAAGCGUGAGAUCAGGAGUGUUAAUUACGUGACACACUCGGUGCACUGCCACCGCAAUAUCGUCGUAUGCAACAAGUGCAACGAGCCGGUGCCUCGGGCAGAGCUCGCCGAGCACGAUGCAAACGAGCAUAGGCUCAAGUCGUGCAGGGACUGUGGGGCGCAGGUGGAGAAGGCCCUCAUGCAGAAACAUGUGAAGGAAGACUGCUCUCACAGGAAAGUAGUGUGCACAUUCUGCGAAAUCGAGCUGCCGUCCAAGGAGUUGGCUGACCACGAAAGCUACUGCGGCACCAGAACCGAGAAAUGUGCACAAUGCGGCGAAUUUGUGAUGAUCAAGUACCAAGCUCUCCACUUGGACAGUAACCAUGGCUUCCUGAAACUUGAAGACGAACCUGGACCACCUCCUAGCUGGGAGGUCCCUGCAAAGCCUCCGACAAAGAUUGAACCAAGCCGUCCAAUCCUCAAAAGUGCCAUCCGUCCAGCAAGCUCUCUCCUAGCUGCUAGUGCCAAGAAGUCUGUUCCUAACACUGUGAGAUUUGCACCUGUUGAGAAGUCACCUCCCCCUGCUGCUCCUGAACCUACUGUUGAGGAACGCCAAACAAAAUUUGGCACCAACAAAAUAGGGGCAGAGGUCAAACCAAUAGUCUGUAAAGCUGCUGAAACUGUGCUGGAAACAGAGAAAAAAACAGUUCCUAUCUAUGAUGAAGAGGCUGAUCGCCUCCUUGCCUUCAAACUAGCACAAGAUGAGAUGGAAAUGAUGAGCAAAUACCAACUGGAUGGAAUAUUAGAACAGAGAAGAAAAAUUGUUGAUCAAACUUCCGAGAAGAAAAGCUGUGUUCCUGAAAAGCGUACACGAACAUCUCCUGUGAAUUUUGUCCUACCUGCUGCUAUUGAAAACAUGGGUGCCGUUGGUGGCAAACCUAAAGAGCCAGUCACUAAACAAAAGAACCCAGACUCGACUGAUUCCGAGAAAGCCACCACUCUUGUUAGCUCCAAACAGGAAACAUACAAGCCCCCUGAGCAAGCUGGAGACUUCGAGGAUGUCCAGAUUCCUUGUGAAUUUUGCGAAAUUCUUGUCCCUGCUAGUCGCCUUUUGAUCCACCAGACUGGUUGUCGUCCUGACCUUGCAUGCUACAUACCCUACAAAUACAACAAAAUCAAGAUUGCUCAGCCAGAACAGGACCACGAAAACCAAAACAACAUUUCUGAAGCUGCAAAAGCACCAAAUCGAACAAAGACUAUUAUCCCCUGUGAUCUUUGCAAUGCCAAUAUCCCACCUGAGAAAUUCAUUCAACACCAGUUAGCUUGUGAAAUAAAGCACCUCCCUGUUCGAGCUGACAAGCCUAAAGCACUGGUGAUGCCUCUCUCUGGACGUACUCUUCGUGCCUCUCAUUCAAUCGAAGAGUCCAUUCUUCCAGCCCUGGAAACUCUUGAGAAAGAAGUUAGUUUGAAGCCUGGUUUGCGGAACUGCAUGUCAGCUGGUAACUUCAAAGACUUCAGCGACCCUUCUUCUUCAUCUGGGAGCCACAGCAAUGAUGGUCCUUGUGAUUCAGAUGAGAGAGCUAAACAGGGAGCUGUUCCAAAGCAGAAGGCAAGGCGUGAUAGAUCUCGAGUUAAAUCCCCAAUCCAACCUCCUACCCGUUAUUACUAACACUCUAAUUAACUGCUCUUGUAUCAAUAACACCAAAAUCCAUUAAGAAGUACAGAGCUCCACAACCACCGCAACUUGAUAAAGUUUAGGCGCCAUGGUGAGAGUUUCAACGACCUCUCCGCUCAACGUUAGAUUUGUGCUUCAGGUAUUAUUUUAAGAACUCGCCCAACCCACAACAAUAAUGUGCUUGAUUUCUGGCUAAAUUUUUCUAUAUUAAGAGGAAAUUUAUAUUGAGAGGCUCUCACAAAAAAAAAGUUUUUUAAUUCCAUUUGAAACUGUUCACUAUUCGGUUUAAUAUAAUUUGGUAGUCUUCUUACAUAGGAUUGUUAAAAAUUUUUUGACUUUGGCUUUGCAGUGGUAAAAAUUAUAGUAAUUUAAACAAGAAAGUAUGAACAACAUAUCUUGACUGAUUCCUGCAAUCAAGCAUAAGACGAAAAUUAGAGCAUAAAUUUAUGCUAGUGUAAAAUUUCCAUUAUUGCGUAGAUUGGUUAACUAUGCUCUUUUCAGUCCAAUUGAGUGUGGUGUAAUCUAUGGUGUCUUUGGACAAAGCUGUUUCUGUAAAACACUGCUGAGCAGACGCCACACCCAUAGAGAGGCCGCAUCAAUGCCUUGACUUUGUUAUGCUUCCGUUUCACAUGUGCCACCAGAUCGCAGUCAGAUUCAAAGAAAACGUCGCAAGAACCACACCUAGAAUUUGUGAUCAUUAAAAAACUGGUCUAUAUUUGGCAUCUAAAAAAAUAACGUACCUAAAGUCUCCGUGUGUUUGUCUGGAGGGAGCGAUUGGCGUGCUGCACGUGAACGGAGUUUUUUUCCUGCUGGGCCCGAAGCACGAGGUUUUUACAGGCGUAUCUUCGAUAAAAGUGUGAAUGGGCUCAUCUCCAUGGUCGUCAUCGGAAGACGCUGCGGGUUGUUGAACCAAGUACUGCUGUAACUCUGAAAUGUGUACCUCAUCAACAUGGUGACUCAGAAGGUCUCCAAACGCAGCAAGAACCUAAAAUAAGAUUUUUUUUUUUUAAUUUU